CUGGGUGCAGCAGGAGGCGGGUCGCUCAGGCCGAUGUUCCUCCACAGAGCUGACUUGAAGCCGAACCCUCCGACACACCGAACCGCGCUCAGAUAGCCGCUGAGAGUCGGUUCCGUCCAGAGAGGAGCCGGACGCGGACCAUGAUCAGCACCAUGGAGUGCAGCGUGGACGCGCAGAGCCUCAUCUCCAUCUCGCUCAUGAAGAUCCACAACUCCAGGACGCAGCGCGGCGGCAUCAAGCUGCACAAGAACCUGCUGGUGUCCUACGUGCUGAGGAACGCGCGGCAGGUCUACAUCAAGGAGAAGUACGCGGAGAUCUACCGGAUGCAGCAGUACGAGGAGGUGAUGACGGUCUGCAACGAGAUCCAGGAGCUCAACCCGCUGGACCUGGACGCGGAGGACGCGGACGAGGAGGAGCAGAGCCGGGCAGCCUGCUGCGGGGAGGAGGGCUCCGUGUGCGGCGCUGCGCUCCAGCGAGGCGCGGCGCAGCCGGCGGCGCUGUGCCGGACCGGGAGCGCGGUGUCCGGCGGCUGCUGCCCGCUGGAGGACGGCGCCAAAGACCCGGAGCCGUCCUACUACCGGAGCUGCUGCAUGGAGGCUCCUCCGGCGGCGCCGUGCGACCCGUUCUCCGCCGGCAGCGGCGCGCACUGCAACAAGACCACCGUGCUGGACCUGGACACGCAUGUGGUGACCACGGUGGAGAACGGCUACCUGCACCAGGACUGCUGCUGCGGCCAGGGCGCGCAGUCCGCCGCCAAGAAGCGGAAGGUGGAGUUCGGCUGCUGCGUCUCGGACGUGGACGAGGUUCCGGAUUUUACCCGCAAACGGGCCAAACGCGAGGACUGCGCGUUCUCGGACUACACGGACACUUCCAACAUCUCCAACCUGAUCUCCAUCUUCGGUUCGGGGUUUUCGGGGCUGCUGAGCCGGCAGGCGGACCUGGAGCAGAUCUGUAGCAAGCAGGCGCUGGCCAGCCUGGGCGCCUGGACCCGGGCCAUAGUGGCGUUCUGACCCGACACUGUUCUGGAGACCGGCUCGGCUGGGACGCGCUGAGCCCACAAGCGUUUGUUUGGGAACACUUUCGCAACCUUCAGAGAACAAAGAAUCCCCCUGAGAAAGUUUACAGACCUGCAGCAGAACAGAACCCGACCGGUAGAACUUUGGUUUCUUUUCUUGCACUUUGAGCUAAAUGUAAGAACCAGAACUUGUUCACGAGGUUCCGGUGAAGUGUGUGACCGGGUCCGGGCGGAGCAGCAGAUGUUCUGGAGCUGGAGCUUCUCAUCUUUGUUCCAGACGGGCUCCAGAACCUCCCACUAAUCUGCUCUCUGAUUGGCUGGAAGCAGGUCCAUUAAGGAACCGGUCACAUUUAAACUGUGCAGAUUGUGUGCUGCUCUCUGACCCGGUCCAUCCAUGUGUCAACAACAACAACAACAACAGCAUGAUGCAGAUGUUUUACCUCAGAGCUCACUUGUGUCUUAAGAAGUGACAUCACUCGCGCUUGCUUCUGAUUGGAGGAGCUGAAGGCGGUGCAGCCGGGCCGGUACCCUCCACACGGUCCAGAUCCACUUUAUUUUUGCAGGAAAAAGAACAGAUAUUUAUAAAGAGGAGCAGUUUAAGGACAGACGUGGUGCCAUAAGACGCGUGGGUUCUGGAGAACCCCUGAUGACGUGGAUCCGACUCCCGUUGCCUUAAAUCCGACGCACACUACUGCUGGCUGGGCUCCGGACCCGCUGACUGGACCGGACUCGUGGUCGUGUGGCACUCGGGGCGCACGGACCCGACGCGUUCGGGUCUCCGGGGACGGUCCACGUGGUUCCGUUGUUUCUGAUCGUGGUCGCUGCUGGAAGCCUUUGGGCAGCGGUUCAUGGUUCUGCUUGGUUUCGUGAGACCCACUUUGUAAACAAAAACAAACAAACAAACAAACAAGAAGAAGAAGUUGGGAGUCCUUUUGUUUUAGAAAGGCGUCAUCAGCCCCACAUGCGUCAGCUUCAUGAGCACUAUGUGAACCAAAAUAAAGAGAGUACUCAGCCAUUCUCGACAUAUUUUGUUGUUAUUCUUGUAUUUUUGUGCUUAAUAAAUUGUAUAUCACCGGGUAAAACUGUUCCAGAAGAUAUUUGUUAAAAAUUUAUAAUCUUAAUAAAAAAUGAAAAUCCUUAAA